AAGCUUUUAAUAAAAGGAUUUCGAGGUAGCUAUAGCAGCAUAUUUCAACAGGAGGUGACGGUAGACCCGGAAGAGGAAGCGCGCGCGGAGAGGAAGCGGCGGCAGCGGCAGGCGCAGGAAGAGUUCCGGCUCAAGCAGCUGAUGCGGCAGAAGACCGACGAAUCUUCGGAGCUGAAGAACGGUAGCAGCAUCGACCGGCUGCUGAUGGACAUACCUUCGCAGGACAUCGUGGUCCGGGAGAGCGGGAAGCGCAAAACGCCGCCGCCAGAGGGCAGCACCAAGCGGAGGGGCGGCAUCGGGCUGGAUAUGGCAGACUGA